AUGAGUGGAAGAGUCGUUUCGCCAGCUUACCGGAGCAUCAUCGAUGAAGUCGUUACACAUUGCCGAGCUGAUUUCGAUGAAAUGGGAAUCGAACAAGCCGUAUUGGAUGCAUUGCAAGCAUCUUGGGAAACCAAGUUGGCCGCUACAAGGGUGACCGACUUCUCGGCGGACCCUCGGCUAGGCCCCAUUCAAGAAGCUUUAGGACCGGCGCUACCCAAGCCUGAAGAUUCUGCCGAACCUGAUAGACAGGCUUCAACUUCAGAAUCCAAACCAGCCGCUCCUACCACCCCAUCCAAGCGAUCUGAAAAAGUCGAUCAUGAUACCGAUGAAAUCAAUUCCGACUUGGACGAUUCGGAAGAUGAAGCAGAUGCUGCGGAUGUAGAAGAUAAUGAAAACGGCGGUGGUGCAAACGGAAACAAUAAUCCUGGUGAUCUUGUGAUUGCGCUCUAUGACAAAGUUCAACGCGUUAAGAACAAGUGGAAAAUUACGUUGAAAGACGGCAUCGUAUCCGUUCAGGGGAAGGAUUACGUGUUUCACAAGUGUAAUGGCGAAUUCGAGUGGUAA